GCUACCUCCAUUCAGUUGUAGAAAAUAAGUAGAGCCUGUGAUGGCAUCCCUAAAACCAGUAUCACCAACGCGCAUCGUUGAGCUCGCGUCAACAAUCCACAAUACGGUUGCGAAGUUUGACGAAAUUCUCAGAUCGAAGGGUCAUCCAACGCCCUCAUUUGACGUAGAUGCCCCGACGAUGUUCUCGACAUGCAGAAUGUGAUACUCGACGCUACUUCAGAGCUUCACGAUCUUCUUCUAUCUCCCAUGGCACUGUUGAUCCAAGAAGUAACAUUAAACAAGCUACUACCCUUCCAAGUCAUAAGCCAUCUAGGUAUUGCGGAUAUGGUUCCUAUUGGGGGCCAAAUAUCAUUCCAAGAAAUCGCGGCAAAGACAGGUUUGAGCGAAGUGAACGUCCGCAGGAUUCUCCGCUACGCGAUGGCUAUGCGAACAUUCUGCGAGCCCGAGCCAGAGAUGGUCGCUCACACCAACAUAUCCAAAGCCAUCACGGAUCCAAACGUUAGAGACUUUCUCGUGAUGUCUGCUCGCGAAGUCUGGCCUGCAUCUGUUAAAACAUUCGACGCGAUGCAGAAAUGGCCAAAGUCCGAGGAGCUCAACGAAACAGCUUUCUCGCUAGCCCACAACACACCCCUAUCUCUUUACGAGUUUUUCCACGCAUCUCCAGAUCGCGCUCUCCGAUUCUCAGGGGCCAUGAAAGCCCUCACGGCACAUCCUGAAUACGAUAUCCGGCACGGGAUCGACAACUACGCUUGGUCUUCUCUCGGGAAAGCAAAAGUCGUAGACAUAGGCGGCAAUCGCGGAAACGUAGCGAUCUAUCUAGCCAGACGCUUUCCAGAACUAGAAAUUGUCGUACAAGAUAAGCAGGAAGUCAUUCAGGGCGCCGCAGACGAUGUGCCCGCGGACCUGAAAGGACGCGUUACUUUCGCGGCGCACGAUAUGUUCGCUCCGCAGACUGUGCAGGCUGAUGUAUAUCAUAUCCGAUGGGUUAUGCGCAAUUGGUCUGAUAAAUACUGCAUCAUUAUUCUCCGCGCCUUAAUCCCCGCACUAAAACCCAACGCAAGAAUCGUAAUCCAAGAGACAUGUAUGCCAGAACCCGGCGCAGUUCCUCUUUGGAAAGAGAAAGAAAUCCGCCAUGCCGAUUUGAUCAUGACAAGCCUAUUUAACGGUCGAGACCGGUCCGUCGAGGACUGGCGAGCAUUCUUUUCCAAAGCAGACAACCGAUUCAUUUUGAAGUCGGCAAUUCAGAUGAAAAACUCGGCUCUUACAAUCCUAGAUCUACGAUGGGAUAUAGAGGCUUAGGAUGAGAGGGAUAUCUGCUGCAUUUCGUAAUCAGCUAAAACUGUUUUAUCAUAACUUACUUAACUUUGAUGACCGCUGUAGUUCUCCAGAGGAAUAAGUCACUGCUUCUUAAAACUGUCUUACCAAUUGGAUUCCUGUCUAUGAUGACUUAUCAAUGAUCUAAAUUAAGAUAAUUUCUCAACAUACGAAGGACAUUAAAAGGGUCAUCACAUUCAUCUAUCUAAUUCUGUGAGAAAAAAAAAACAAAAAGAAAACGCAGCAUAGCA